CUUUCUCCAUACAGAUUGAGAGAGAGAAACAUACAGACAUAUAUACAUCCAUAAACGAAAGAAAGAAAGAAAAAAGAAAAAUGGGAAGAGGAAUAACUCGUAAUGUGGCUGUUUGUGUGGCAUUGUUGACUGUGAUUGCAUAUUGUUUGGGUUCAGCAGCUGCACACGAAGCACAAGAAGCACACGAACAUGGAAAGGCGGAUCCAACAUGGAUUGACUGGGCCAAAGACACCUUCUCUGGGGGAUUCCUCGAUCAUGGCAAGGCAACCGGCGAAAAAGUUGAGGAAGUCGCUGAGAAAACAAAGAAUGCCGUCUCAAAUGCUGCAUCCGGAGCAGCCAACCACGUUCGUGAGAAGGCAGGAGAAGCCCAUGCAGCAACAGUAGGUGAUGGCACCAAGAACUAACUAUUCACAAGCUGGCUCUAUUAAUAACACGAUUCUUCCUUGGAAAUAAUUGGUUGGUGGUAAACUAAAUGCCCCACUUCUUUUCUUAUUCCCCUCUACCUGCCAAACCAUGUAAUCAUUUAUAAGGGCUGGAUCUUCUCUUUUAUGUUUUGGGGGUGUUGAUGGAAGGGUUGAGAUUUUAAUACACCCACCAUCCGUACGUAUGUUCCUUAUGUUGCAACUAUUAUUCUUCUUGGUUUUUUCUUCAUUGCCUAUUUCAUUCUUUGGUUA